UACCUAAAGCUUGUUUUACAACAGUCGAAAUUAACAACAAGCAAGCGACCCCCAUCAUCUAUAGUAAAAUUAUACAGUAUUAAGAUUAAUAUACAGCUCCAAAAUAUUAUUGACAAAAAAAGUAAAUUCAGUGAUCCCUGUGUGAAGUUACAGCUUAAACGAACUGUUAAUGCAUAAAUAAAGAAAACAAUUGUUGUAAAUAAAAAAAUAACAAUGCCAGCCAUAGUAUCGGGACCACCGCAACAGAGUGAGCAUAUGUGGCAAGCACUAAAAAAUCACAUCACCAGAGAACGUCAACGAAAAAAACAAGAACAAGAAGCUGAUGCUGAAGAAGAAAGAUUAAGAAAAGAACGUGAAAGACAACAAAAACAAGAUGUUAUGACUUUAGGGGAAACUAGAGAACAAAUUUGCAGUUUAGAAACUGAACUUUCACAAUUAAAAGAUGAAAAACAUCAAUUAUUUUUACAACUUAAAAAAGUUCUUAAUGAAGAUGAUAAUAGACGUCGACAACUAACUAAAGAAACAAACAUAUGCUCAGAUGUUCUUACUGUUGGUAAUUAUCAAACAACAGGAGCAAACGUAGUACAUCCACAAUUGUUUUUACCUCUGCCAACUCGGAGUUCGCUGUACAAAGUUGCAACAACUGCUACUUCAUCUCAUACAUUGAUGACUAACGUAAAUGGACCACUAAAAAGAAGUCAUAGUCCUUCACCACCACCUUCAGCAUCGUCUUAUCAUACAGCUUACGGAUACAAGCCUCAACCAAUGCCAAAUUAUAACCCUCCUCACUCACGUGACGUAAGGGGAGACGGAAUGGGUUUUACAGAGUCUGAUGAUGCUGCGCGAAGAACUGGUGACUCACGUGCCGUUCUCUGGAACAAAAAUAAUCAGUAUCCUCCCUCAACAUUUUAUUCAACUCCUAGUGGACAAAGUGUUUACAGUUAUUCAGCGCCUACGUCACAAUCAUCACGAGAAACUGAUCAAGGUAAAUCGGUUUAUUUGUCAAGUAACCGAGCGCCAAUAACCCAUCAACCAGCAUAUCUAACGAAUCUGCAUCCAAUGGAUCAUAAUAAUACCUAUUCAGAAGAAAAAUUUUAUUUACGUCCCAGUAAUCAUGUAACAGUACAUGGUGGAGCAAUACCAAUCCAACAACAACCACAGGGUGCUAAAACAGGCAGUAUUACAUCCGGUUAUCCUGUAAGAGCUCCAAAACCUCCAUCAGGACCUUAUCCACCGCCAGGAACUUACGUCAGUUCUCCUAAUACCAAUAAUUCUGGUAGAUUUUUCAUUCCAACCGGUAAAGGGUUUCAUACAAGUACAAUCUAAAGAUUGAUCAUUAAAUUUACUAAUAUUCGAAUUAUAUAUAUA